AAGCAGAUUCCUGCAAAGUGUUUCAUAGGCUACAAAUACCCAGCUGACAGGCCACAAGCUGCAAGUUUUAAGAGGCAGAUAUAAAUAGCCAGGGCUCAGUGCUGCACAGAAGUUUACAGAACUUUCUCGGCUGAUGGCUCCAAUGUUUAUUAUAGCCAGUGCCCGGCAUUUGCAGCUUGAAGCCAGAGGAUCCACACGCUGCUUUUCUGCUGAAUGAGUUUGCUUCAUUUCCUGAAGAAUUUAGCUUGCUUUUAAUUAAUUUCUGGGCAAACCUUAAAUCACUGGAAAUACCUGUUCUCGGCUGUCGUUUCCCUGCGUGUCAGUCUUUUUCCUUGGGAAGAAUUAUCGAAUAAAAUCUUUCGGUUGGUAUUUUUCAGGCCAGAAUUGAAGAGCUAAAAAUGGCUGAUGGUCAGUUGCCCUUCACUUGUCAUUACCCUGCUAGCAGGCAAAGAGGAACUCGGGACCCCUUCAGAGAUCCCGGUUUAUCCUCUCGUUUUCUGGAUGAUGAUUUUGGUAUUUCUCCAUUUCAUGAUGAUUUAACCAUGGACUGGCCAGACUGGGCAAAGCGCAGACUUACUGAACCAUGGUCUGGUCCUCUGAGAUCAGGACCAGUUCGGACAGCGAACAUCUCUCCUCCAGGAUACAGUGCCAGAUACACAGGUUACCCCGAAGCUCGUAAUACCGUGGUUAACCCCUCGGAACCAUGGAAAGUCUGUGUGAAUGUUCAAACAUUCAAGCCAGAAGAGCUUACGGUCAAAACCAAGGAUGGAUUUGUAGAAGUUUCAGGUAACCAUGAAGAACAGCAGAAAGAAGGAGGAAUUGUCUCCAAAAACUUCACCAAAAAAAUCCAGUUACCCUCAGAAGUGGACCCCACAACAGUGUUUGCGUCUCUUUCUCCUGAAGGUCUCCUCAUUAUUGAAGCACCUCUGGUCCCACCUUAUAACCACUAUGGAGAUGACAGCUACACCUAUGAGCUUCCACUUGAUCCUCAGGAUGUUGUUUCCUAACUCUGCCUUAAUGUCCACCUCGAAUUCCACCCAACAUUGCAUUAAGAGUAGAUUGUACCUUGUAUAAUUAUUUCCAUAUGCUAGUAAUGUUUCAUUACUUAAUUGUAUUGAUCCACUAUAGAAAUUAGCUGAUUUGCUCACUAUAGACAAAACCAAUGUAUGAACCUUACUAAUAUGCACUCAAUAGGCCUUACAUGUGGUGACCGCAGGAUGGCACCAAGUAACUUUGGUACUGUAUUAAGUAUUGUCUUACAUAUUGAACAUGAGCUGACAUUAUUUAUAGACCUGUUAACACAAAAAAACCCAAAAUGGUAUUUUGUUUAAAGAACCAAAACUGUUUGCUUACUUUGCUUAUGUAAUAAACUUUAGGAAUAAAAUCA